GUGAAGUGUGACCAUUACUGGCCCUUCACAGAUGAGCCUGUGAUGUACGGUGACAUCAGCGUGGAGAUGUUGUCUGAGAACGAGUCUCCAGAGUGGAUCAUCAGGAAGUUCAGAUUGGGAUACGCUGAUGAGACUCAGGAUGUUCUCCAUCUGAACUACACGUCGUGGCCAGAUCAUGGAGUCCCCACGGUUAACGCCAUCGAGAGCAUCCUGCAGUUUGUCCACAUUGUCCGCCAGCAGGCCAACAGGUCCAAAGACCCCAUCAUUGUCCACUGCAG